GAUUUGAUCUCGACGGCACUAGUAUCCCGUAUCGAUCCAAUUUGUGUACGUGUGGAUACCGGUAAAGGUACAACAUUUGGAGUGCUAGAAUUCUCGACUUGGUUUAUUUAUCCUUCCGCUGCGAGUAACUAGGUAUAUCCGAAACUCUAAGAUCUAAGUUUAAUUUCAGUAUUGACAUGAGAUUCUAGGCAUAUGAAUUCAUAGGUUGAUUUAUAAAUCUUAUAAACCGGUAUGAAUUCCUACAGUCGUAUCAGAGCCUAUUUGUUUAAUACUGAAAUUAGAUCUUGUUAAAUCUAUAAUUUGGUAUAGAUAAUAAAUUGAUAUGCUCGCAUGUUAAGAAAACCUUAAUUUGAUUACGGUACAAAUACCUUAAUUUCAAGUACUUUUGAUGUCUACCCAAUCUUAUCAACUAUCAAGGCUCAUUUCGUUGUAAGAUGGGCUUGCCAAAGCAAGGUGUCUGCAAUUACAUGCGUGAGGUAGAUGGUAACGGUUACCAUAUGAAUAUAAGAUUGGUUUACUUGACUAAGCUAUCAAAACAGUUUUGGGCUUAGAGACAUAGGUUGGAUAAGACAUAAGAUGUCAUCUGACAACCAAGAAUUAUAUUGGAUAUAAUUAGCAAAGUGUUGCUUACCUAAAUAGCUAAACAUUCGGGCGAUGAGCCAAAGCUCACUCGAAUUUUAGUGAAAUAUGGAUCUUGGAUUAUUAUAUUCAUUUGAGGAAAAUGUUUUGAAUAUAAUAAGAGUCUUCUUAAUUGUUAAGAUUUCUCUAAUUCAUGAACAUCAUAUUAAUAUUUGCUAUUCUUCUAUUCCAGAAAUGUCAACUCCCCACUGUUCAUUCUCACUGCGAUCUGUCCUUGAGAAGGACAAAUUGAAUGGGUCGAACUUUCUUGAAUGGUAUCGAAACUUGAGAAUUGUUCACAAACAGAAGAAAAAUGACUAUGUUCUAGAAAAAGUUCUUCCUGAAAAACCUAAAACCAAUGUCCAACAUGCUGAAAAAAAAUGCUUAUGAUAAGCAUGUUAGUGAUAGGGUCGAUGUGUGUUGUCUUAUGUUGGCAACCAUGAACUCAGAUUUGCAGAAGCAAUAUGAGAACGUGGAUUCACCAAUUGACAUGAUCACUAGCCUGAAAGGUAUGUUUCAGGAGCAAGCUCGAACUGAGAGAUACCAAACGGUCAAGUCUCUCAUUGAGUGCAAGCUACCAAUAGAUGGUCCAGUUAGUCCACAUGUCAUUAAGAUGAUGGGUUAUAUUGAUAACUUGGCUAAGCUGGAUUGUCCUAUCAGCCAAGAGUUGGCGACUGAUCUAAUUCUACAGUCAUUGCCGUCAAGCUAUGAUCAGUUUGUUAUGAACAACAACAUGAACAACUUGACUAAGACUUUGACUGAGCUGCAUGGGAUGCUUAAAACAGCUGAACCCAACAUCAAGAAGGAUACCCCAAAUGUUCUUAUGGUAAGGUAACAAGUUUAAGAAACAAGGUAAGAACAAAGGAAAUGGUAAGUCAGGCUGGAUUGCGAAUCCGAGCAAGUCUGAUCCUUCUCCUAAGUUUAAGCCUGGUCCUUCUAAUGUUGAUAAGUGCCAUUAUUGUAAUGGCCCUGGACAUUGGAAAAGAAACCGUGAGAAAUACUUGGAAGAUCUGAAAAAGAAGAAGAUUUCUGAAACGUCAUCUUCAGGUAUUUAUGUUAUAAAAGUAAAUGUUACUAUUUCUGAUUCAACUCCUUUGGUAUUUGAUGCCAGUUGUGGUGCUCAUAUUUGUGAAAUAUGCAGGGCCUAAACAACAGUAGAAUCUUGGAGAAAAGAGAAGUGGACCUGCAUGUGAGAAUGAAGCAAGAGUUGCUGUGUUAGUUGUAGGAACAUUUAUUUGUCUUUGUCUUCAGGCAUGGUUUUGGAAACUAAGAAUUGCUACUAUGUAACUGCUAUAAGCAGAGAUAUUAUUCCUUGUUUGGAUUUGGAAGGAUUUCAUUUUUCCGAUUAAAGACAAGCGUUGUUUAUUUAAUUAUUGUGAUAUCUUUUUGGUAGCAGUCCAUUAGAGAAUGGAUUUUAUGUUCUAGACCAAAGCAUGCAUGUUUAUAGCAUUAGUACCAAAAGAUUCAAGUCUAACGACAUGAAUCAAACUUUCCUUUGGCAUUAUCUUUUGGACAACAUAAGUGAGAAACACAUUCAAAAGCUUCAUAGUGAUGGACUUUUGAGCUCAUUUGAUUACGAAUCACAUGAAAAAUGUGAAUCUUGUUUGUUGGGUAAAAUGACUAAAGCUGCUUUUACUGGACACAGUGAAAGAGCUAAGAGCUUAUUGGAACUUGUACAUAUUGAUGAAUGUGGAACAAUGAGUAUAAAUGUUAGAGAAAAUUAUCAGUACUUCAUGGUUAUGUUUAUAUAGAAACAUAAGUCUGUAUGUUUUGAAAAGUUCAAAGACUUCCAGAAUGAAGUACAUAAUAAGCUUGAUAAGAAAAAUAAAGCAUUUUGAUCCGAUCGAGGUGUCAAAUAUUUGAGACAAGCGUUAUAUGAUCAUCUGAGAAAAUAUGAAAUUGUUUCACAACUCACCCCUUUGGAAACACUACAGUUGAAUGGUGUAUUUGAAAGGGGAAACCAAACUUUAUUAGAUAUAGUUCGGUCAAUGAUGAGUCAUGCAGAUCUUCCAUUAUAUAUCCUUUUGGGUAAACACUCUAGAAAAAUAUGUGUUUACUUUUACAAACCCACCGAGAUCAAAGUGUUUGUUGAUCGGAUUGGUGUUUUCUAGAAAGAGAAUUUAUUUCCAAGAAGAACAGUGGGAGUAAAGUACUUCUCGAAGAAGUUCGAGAAACGCAUGAGGUUAAUGAAAGACAUGGGACUAGCUGCACAUAUUCUUGGAAUAAGAAUCUAUAGAGAUAGAUUAAAUAAGCAUAUUGGAUUAUGUCAAGAUACUUAUAUCGAUAAGGUCUUGUACAAAUUCAAAAUGCAUGAUUCCAAGAAAGGCUUCUUACCAAUGUUUCAUGACAUAACUCUCAGCAAGACUCAGUGUCCAUGUACACAUGAUGAGCAAGAGCACAUGAGUAGAAACACAUGUGCUUUGAGUAUAAAGAGUCGAUAUCAUUCUGAUCCAGGUGAAAUUCACUGGACAUAAGGUCAAUAUUAUCCUCAAGUAUUUGAGAAAUAUAAGGAUAAGUUUGGUCUAUGGUGAAAGUGACGAGCUUGCUGUAAGUGGUUACAGCGAUGCCAGUUUUUCAAAAUGACAAAGAUGAUUUUCGAUCACAAGUUGGUUCCAUCUUUUGUUCUAAUGGAGGAGCGGUGAGUUGGAAGAGUUCCAAGCAAAGCACCUUAGAAUAGCCUCAAUGGAUGCAAAUGUUGUUGAUCUAUUGACCAGGCCUCAGGCCUCUUCCAUGGCCUAAGUAUGAGAGUCAUACUGUAGUCAUGGAUAUUAAGUUUCUUAAGAUGUGAUCUUGAUUUUAGUGGGAGGUUUUUUUUUUUUAUGAUAUGAUGUUCAUAUUGACAUACAUUUGAUUAUGUAUUCAAACUAAUGAAAUUGUUUCAGAUUUAUUUGAUUAUUGGAUAAUUAAAUAAAAGUCUCAAACUAAUUUAUAUCAUUCUUAUAGGUCAUCAAGUACGUGACUUGAUCAUGAAACUCUAUAAGUGAAAGAUGAUAUAAGUUAUUUAGGUCCCUAGUCAAGUUUGUUAACAUGGUACAUUAAUAACCAAGCAUGACUAGUAUGUGAGGUGAUUGAUGACUAAGUUUCAUGGAGUCAUUCAAUAUGUGGUAUUGAAGUCAAUCACAUGGAUAUGUGUUAGAGAACACAUGAUCGGACUGACCCGCUAUGAGAACUCUGCAAGAUUGUUAUAUGAGUGUCAUAAGAGUUUCUCAUUACGACUAUAGAGUAUAGUCCUUAGACCUGAGUUCGUCAUGAUUCUUUACUGGUGGAUUAGUUCACUUUGACCUUGUCAAACGUCAGCCGUAACUGGUGAUUAUAAAGGCAUUGAUUAGGUGUUCUAUGAAGUUUGUAAGGAACAUGGAUGGAACAAGAUGGAAUUUGUCCCUCCCAUAUAACGGGAGAUAAAUAUCUCUGGGUCUAUCGAAGAUUUGAUACUGAGAAAUGCAUGGCCAUGCUCAAAUGAGGUGAAUGUCAGUCGUUUGUUUUAUCAGUAUAAAUCAGAGUUCGAUAAAUGUGAUCUAACUGAAUAAGGAUGACACUAGUUCUUGCCUUAUGCUGAGAUCGAGAUAUAGAGACAAAGGGAUUAUGAGAAUAGAUGAUUCUAGUACAAGUGGGAGAUUGUUGGGAAUGUCCUAAAAUCAUUUGUACUUACUCUAGUAAAAGUCGUAGUGUCGAGGUUUGACAAUCAUAUAAUAUUAGGUGGUUAUAAUGUUUUGCUAGAAGCCGCUUAUAAUCUAUGAAUUAAGAAUUCAUUAUUAAUAUUAUAUGAUCCUACAGGGUCACACACCUAAGUAAAUUGGAUCAAGUUACAAUUAGUUUUAAUUCAGAUUAAAACGAGUUUUGGGUUAGUGAAUUAUGAAUUCAUUUUAUAUAUAUGUGAUAUAUAUUAAUCUUAUAAUACAUAUAAGUAUGCAUAUCUUAAUAGGCAAUUAAACCAAUUAGUUGAAUUGGUUAAAGGGCUCAGCCCAUGCGACAAUUAGGUCACGUAUGUGUUUGAUGGGUGUGGUACAUAUAUAUAUGUUUAUAAGAUAGAAAAAGAGGCGAUGUUGUCUCACGUGAAACCCUAAUAGCUUGAGAUUUGAACUCGGCGGCACUAGCAUCCCGUAUCGAUCCAGUUUGUGUGCGUGUGGAUACCGGUAGAGGCACGACAUUUGGAGUGCUAGAAUUCUCGACUUGGUUUAUUUAUCCUUCCGCUGCGAGUAACCAGGUAUAUCCGAAACUCUAAGAUCUAAGUUUAAUUUCAGUAUUGACAUGAGAUUCUAGGCAUAUGAAUUCAUAGGUUGAUUUAAAAAUCGUUAUAAACCGGUAUGAAUUCCUACAAUUUCAACUUUUUAAUUAAUUAUGAAAUUAAUAUUUGAAUUUUAAUUCCGAAACUGAUAUUGAAAUUUAAUAAAUUUAGUUUAUAGAUUAAUAGAUUCAAAAUUUCAAAUUAAGAGUUUGUUAAUCACUAAAUUUUUGUGACUAAAACUUGUAAAGAUAUCAAUAAUGUAGUUGCUAAAUUGUCAUAAAUCUUUAUGACUAAUUUGUAACUAACUAUCAAUAUAGUAGUCACCAAUUAGUCACUAGCUUUAGCCACUAAAGAGGUUAGAUUUAGUGGUAAAUUUUGCAACUACUUUGUCACUAUCGUUAAAAUAUCUCCAAAUUGCAACUCCGAUUUGUGACUUCAAUGGUAGUCUUACAUUAGUUACAAAAUUAGCCACUAAUUGUGAUGUCUCACUUUAGUCGCAACAUGCCAACUAAUUUGCGACUACAAUGAUUUGCGACGAGCUUUUUCUAACGUUCACGGGCAGUUGCAAAAAAGUCUUAAAAAACUUAUUUGCUCCUAUUCUGUUACUAUAAUUGCAGUGGCAAAAUGGAUGUUUUCUUGUAGUGGCAACCGUAUCAUGUUUUUUACUGCACCAGCUUAUUGGACUCCUUCCAAGGUAGAAGAUGUGACCCAUAGUACUUCUACCAUCAUCAGGAUCCGUAUUAUAGCUACUAUCACUAUAACCAACCAGCUUUGAUGUCUAUUUUGAUCGACCAAACGUCAAGCCUAACGUAGUAGUACCUUGUAGAUAACGCAAACAUUGCUUUACAGCUACCUCAUGUGAUUCCUUUGGACUCGCCAUGUAUCUACUCAACACUCUAAUACAAUAAGACAAGUCUACGCAACAAAUAACGAAAACACCCUAUAACCUUCAUGUAGUUAGUCGCAUCAAUGUCUCUCUCUUUAUCGCAUCAAUGUCUCUCUCUUUAUCGGACUUGGCUAACUUGAGCCAUGCUUCCAUAGCUAUGUGAACAGAGUUGCAGUCUCUCAUUCCAGCUUCUUCAAGUAUCUUUAGAGCAUAACGAUUUUGACUCAAAGUUAUACCCUCUUCAUGUUGCUUUUCCUCAAUACCAAGAUAGUAGGUAAGCCUUCCUAAAUCACUCAUCUCAAAUCUCAUGGCCAUCUCUCUUUUAAACUCUUCAAUCAUCCUCAUAUUGGCUUGGAACCACUUUCUCUUCGUUUAGGUAUAUGAACUCAUGUAGCAAGAGCUCAUCUGCUUCUUGAGUAUCAUUAUUCUCGGUCUCUUGUAUUUCUUGAAGCUUUAAUAGACAGCCAGGACAUUCGGUCACAUAGUGACCUAGCUUGUCGCAACGAUAACAGAUGAAUUUUGAAGGAUCUCGUGGGGUGUAAUACCUGCCUCGUCCUCAUCCCCUAUUGUUGUAAUACCUUCCUCCGCGACCUCUGUCUCUGUUAUCAUUACUGGAACCACAGUUUGACUGUGAUUCCAUGUUUGCAUACAUCAGUUUGCUCUGAUCAUCAUGAACCUCUUCUUCUUACGUGACCCUCUCUUCGUAUGCUUUCAAACGCCCAACAAUGUCUUCAAAGAUUGUUGUCUUGAGAUCUAUUACGUGCUCUAAUGUAGCCACAAUAUGGAUAUACUUUUUUCGGGGAAGACACUUGAGAAACUUCUUAACCAGCUUAGAUUCUUCAAUUUCUUCUCCGAAAACAGUAGACUUUGAAGAUAUCUCAGAUUAGUUUCCAACAAAAUCAUUUAUCUUGCCAUUAGUGUUUGCAAUCGAGCUUCCUUUACUCUUUCUGCUCUUACAUACCUUGCUUUGAUCGCAUCCCAAACUUUCUUCGCCGUCCUCAACUCUCCUACUUGUAAGACCAAUGUCUCUGGUAUCGACUGAAAUAAUAGUGCCAUAGCCAUAUCGUUCCUUUCAUCCUUCUCUGCUUCUGUUUCUACGAUUUCCUAGACCUUGUGUACUCUAAGGAGAAUCCUCAUUCUCAUAGUCCACACGGUGUAAUUUGUAGUAUUCAAUAUAUGACACUUAAUGGAGGAAGAUCCUCCUUCCUUUGUAGUCGACGUUGACGCGACCACAAGAUCACCCAUGGUUAUCGAACCUCAAGCUCUGAUAAUUGUUAUCAAACUCAUAUGUAUGAAACUUGAAGAUAAUAAGAACUAACUCUUCUUAUUGCUUAAGAAACUCGCUCAAAACUUAAGCUCUCAAAACUCACACACAAGACAAUGCCACAACUCGACAUUGCUUUAUAUAAGACCACACAUAUCCUAAUCCUAAUUGUAAACACAUAUAUUUAGAUAACUCCUAAAUAUAAUUUUGAUCCUUAUCUCUAAAGAUCAUAAACUCAAUAGGACUAGGAUAGCUUGACACUCAAGCUUUUUUCAAGCUUAUUUCAACAAACCUGUGGCAAACUUUCUUUCAGCUUGACGUCUUGACACAUUUCUUCCUCACAUGUGUUGAAUAUUCUAUCAUCUUCCGGAAGAUGGAGCAUAACAUUCAUUUUCUUUAUCAUAUUCAGCCCGAUUGUCUUUUCCAUUCAAUACAUGUCUUUAGAUUGCCACCGAAUGAAGAGCAUUAACAUUCAUUUUCUUUAAAUUUCCCUUGCAGUCAAGAUCUUUUAAUUCUCAGAGCAGUAUGAAUUCUUCAAAACUUCCACAAGUUUUCUUCAUAUAUAUAUAAAUGUGAUGAAAGAGAUGGUCCAAAAUAAAAUAUUACACAUGAAAAAAUCUAACUUAUAUUUUGAUAGGAUAAAUAGAUGUUAACAAAAUUAAAUAAAGGUUGUGAAAAAAAAAAUUGAAUACAGUAUAAUUAAAUACACCUAUUCCUGCAGAAAUUAGGAAAUCGAGUUUUGGAAGGAGAAGUGUAAAAUAUUUGUGCGUCAAUUAGUAGUUCUGGCCCAAGUUCAAAGUCAAGGUAUAAUUGUUGGGACUAAAACGAUAGUCAUAUUUUCUGUUUCAUGUUAUGACGGUGGAGUCUUACCUAACAAAUGGCAAAAAAAAAUAGCAAACUCGUUAUGAAAAGGAAAACAGAAGCAAACCCUUGGCUAUAAAUAAGAAGCAAGUCCUUACUACAAAACCAUUAAUCGUCCGGACAUGACAUCUAUGGAGAGACCCCUAAAGUUUAAACAAGCUGGUACUGCUGCUUCGUUAGGAAGAGAAACCAAACGAAGAAGAAGAAGUAGUAGAAGAAGAAGAAGAAGAGCGAUUCAUAUCCCCAACGAUAUUGUAGAAGAAGUUCUCGUGAGGCUCCCAGUGAUAUCGGUCACCAGAUUCCAAACUGUGUCGAAAGACUGGAGAUCUCUGAUCAGGUCGAGGGGUUUCGGUGAAAGAUACGCAUCUUAUCACAAUAACAAGAACCCUAAACUCUUGUGUGUGUGCGAUGAUUUAGUGAACCGUGCGAAAAACACCCUUCAUUCAACGACAAUGACACUGGAGACGAUGACGGCUUCUCGAGACCACCGCUACGUACGGUCAGAGAAACUCAAGAAAUUCACAGGGUUUCUCGAAACCUCCGAGAGCUGCGACGGUCUUGUCUGCAUCUACGGCAUGACAAUCCCAAUAAAACUGAUGAACGCUGCCUCUGGGAAGUCAACACGACUCCCUCUAGCGAAUAUUCAGCGACUUCAUAUUGACCAUCCGAACCCGCAACUGAAGCUUGUUGAGGAUUUAUGUCAAGAACCAGAUCAGUUCCGUGCUUUUACUCGGUUAGGGUUUGGGAAAGACACCGUUACGGGAAUAUGUAAGCUUGUUUGGCUAUAUAAUAAAUAUCCUCCUGCUAGUGCUAGUGCUAGUACUAGUUCGACCAGUUGUGAGGUUUUGGAUCUUUUUGAGGAUAAGAUCAAAUGGAGGUUCGUGAGUACUGCCGCUCUCGAUCAUCAUCACGUCUCGGAUAGUCCGAGGCCAGUGUUUGCAAACGGAUCCUUCUACUGGCUCACUGGAGAUGGAGAAGGAUAUCCAACAACACAAACCAAACUCAUAGUUUUCGAUAUUCAUACAGAGAUGUUUCAAGUCACGGAAACGCCGCCUUUCGUAAAGCGUGACGCGUGUGGCGACAAGAUUGGUGUAUGCAAUCUCGAUGGUUGUCUCUGCGUUUCUGAACUGAAGGCGGAUUGUAAGCAAGAGUUUUGGUGGAGGGUUAAAGACCAACUGUGGGAGAAGAUCUUCUCGGUUGACUUGAAUUCUACUUCGACAUGGUUUGGUGGUGUCACAUCGCAGCCUCUCACGCCCUUGACCAUUUUGAAAGACAAAAAUAAGGUCAUCCUCUCGCUCAGCUAUCAAGAUAACCUUGUGUCCUUUGAUCUUGAUCCUCACUCGACUGUUUAUCAUCUGUAUUUAUCUGGUUACUACGGUUUAGCUGUUCCUUACUUUCCAAGUUUAUUUACUAUCUUGUAAACAAAAGAGUUCGUUGUGUACGUUGAUUAAUAAAUAAAACUCAUGUAUAUCAAAUUAAUUAUAUGUUUUUUCCUAUUUGUAAUUUUCAAGUUAUUAUCAACUUUUCUCAUAAUGGAAUAGACUAUUGGUCCAGUUUGAUAUUCAGGCAUUAGUUUAAUAACUCUUUAGGCUUCAGCUCGAUUCACAAUGUAUAAACAAAGUACGAGCAAGUGGGGUUCAUGUGUGUAUUUGAUUUGAUGCUCAUGCCUUCAAAACUCUAUCAUUCAACAGUGAUAAGAGAUGGCUGUUUUCAAUAGUACUUUUCGUUGUCCAUUAUGGUUCCAUGAUCAGAAAGGCUACACAAUAAUAUCUAGGCUUCUUUGUUGUGAUAUUGACAAUAUUUAUCAUUAUGUUGCUUUUGAAAAUGGAUUACUCUGUUUUGGAGAACUUUGUUUUUUAUUCCUUUUCAUUUGGGCAAAGCUUUUUCAUAAGUUUUGUUUUAAGCAAAUUUGAAACAUUUGGGAUAACCUAAACAUAUGGGCCUGGGCUAUUUAUCACAUUGGAUCAUCUCGCUAGCAGUUGAUAAGAAACUCCGACCUUUGUGUCUUCUAGUGUUUCAGGCUGUUUUCUACUACACUUGGAAGGAGAGAAAUUCGAGACUCCACAACAAUAUUCACAAGCCGGCACACUCAUUGAUCAAGGAGAUUCACCUUCAGGUUCGAGCACGCCUUUUGGGACUGGAUAGGGAAACUCUCACCAAAACAGCUUCUUCUCAUCAUCUCAGCUCAAACACACGCCUUCAAAGCAAGCCAUCGAUGCUCUCACCAAAACUUGCUUCAUUUCAGUUUCUAUUUUCAAAUAUGGGCAUAGUUUUAAGCCUUGUAACCAUCUAGGGAAAUUGCCACAAAUACCGCAUUCAUAGUACCGUUUUUCAUGUUUACAAUAACCAUUUUUACCCUCACUUUUAAUGAAGAGUAAAAGACACUUAUACCCAUAGGGUUAACUAAUCUAGACU